AGCAUAGUGACGCACGCCUCGAGUCGGAACCCCCGUUAACGUAGCCCUCAGCAAAGCUCUCACUUUCGGAGCCGAAACAGCGAAACACACAGCGCGAUGAAGUUCACAGAUUCCCCAGUAAUCGAGCUGCCUGUGCGCAACUCCCUCCUUUCUCUCCAACAGGACAACGGCUCCAUGCACGUUGGAACCUCCGUCUGGCCCUGCUCCCUUGUCCUCGUUAGAUUCGCCGACCGCUGGGUCCCGCUCACUCAAAUCCCCAUCGACAACAACAGCAACUCCUACUCCCACCUCCUCGACUUCCGUGGCAAACGCGCCGUGGAACUCGGCUCCGGGUGCGGGGCCGCCGGCAUGGGGUUCUAUCUCCUAGGUCUCACAGACAUCGUGCUCACCGACAUAGCCCCCGUCAUGCCCGCACUCAAACGUAAUCUCAAACGCAACAAACCCGUCCUGGCCAAAGCCCUUAAGCACUCCAUCCUCUACUGGAACAAUCUCGACCAAAUCAAGUCCCUGAACCCACCCUUCGAUUUCGUUCUUGCCGCCGAUGUCGUUUACAUCGAGGAGACCGUGGGCCCGCUCGUGUCCACCAUGGAAGCUCUGGUGUCUGACGACGGCGUCGUUCUGCUCGGUUACCAAUUGAGAUCCCCGGAGGCCGAUAAGCUGUUCUGGGAAAUGUGCGAGGAAGCGUUUGAUGUCGAUAAGGUUCCGCACGAGGAUCUUCACCCGGAGUAUGCCUACGAGGAGACCGAUGUUUAUAUCUUGAGGAAGAAGACCAAGAUUAGGGUGGAGGGUUCGUAGCUAUAUUUCUUCACGUUCAUUGGCUUGUUUGGAAGUUUUUGUUUGUUUUCCCGUGUUCUGUUAUGAUUAAUGGCAAAUCACGGAUGAAUUGUGUUGGAAAGUACUGUAGAAACACUUAUAUUCUUGAUUAUUAUAAUUUCAUAUACUGAACCAAGGUAAAAUUUUAAAUC